CUGUGGCUGUGGCUGUUUUUUAUUAAAAAAAUUAUUGCCUAAUUUAAUGGGUUGUUCAACUAUUGCUAUUACUAUUAUUUUCUGGGUCAUUGACCCUUUGGGUUGAUGUUUUUUCUAAUGGGCUUCUGUUUGGUUGAUGGUAAAAAAAAUUGAAGUGAAGGUUUUGGUUACUUUCUGAGAAUGUGUCCAAUGGGGUUGAGGAAGAGGAAGGCAAAUCUGUAUACAUGUUGAAUUUGAAUUCUGUUUUUCCUUUUUCGUUUUUCUAUUGCAAAAGUGUAGAUAAUAUGGUUCAAAGUUUGAGUUUUUUGGUUUUUGGUUCCUGGAAAAGCAUUUUUUGCACCAAUAGCUUUUGCAUGUUUUGAUCCAGUUUUGGAAAAAAUAGUGUAACCAUUUGGAUUUGAACUUCAGGAUUUUCGUUUUAACUUAAAAUAUAGUUUAUAGACGUUCAUUACGUUUGUGAUUUAUGGUUUUUUCUUUUAUUGAAUUUGUCGGUGAGAAACCAAUAUGUAAGAUAUUUUCUUCAUUGAUGUUGGAGCUUGAGAAAAUUCAAUGUGUCUUUAUUUCUUUAAACUAUGUAUCAUGUUUUCCUUGGGAUGAUCUGCAUGGUUAAACUUUAAAAUUUGUAUGUCCGGCUCUUCUUAAUUUCCUUGCUUAACACCAUUUUUUUCUCCGACAUAUGAUGUCUUGUUUUGGAUGUAGUUGAGUUGUUGAUUUUGAAUUAUUAGAGAGUCUUAAUCAUUGAUUGGAGACACCCACCAACCAAUUUGAUUGCUUUCCUUUUGCAUGUUUUAGUUUUUCCUGGGUGCUUUACUGCUUUUAAGCCUGGAAUUAGGUAGACAAUUGAUUUUAUUCCAUGAUUUAUGUUAAAUAAUGCAGAUAUGCUUCCAUGCAAUUCUGUCAUGCUAGUUACUUUAGUUUUCAAAUAAUCUUUUGACCCUUGGUUUCACCUUUUUGGUUGAACACAACGAUUAUGAUCUUUAGAGAAUAUUCUCAUCUUGCCUUGGGUUUAUUAAAUUUUAUAAGUACAUUUAGGCAUGCUAGUUGUUACAGUGUUUAUAUGUGACUGUCAGAAUCAACUGUGGUUAUAGUGAGGAGAAGAUAGCCCAAUUAGUGAAGCUGGCAUAGUUGUAAUGAAUGUGUUCCAGCCUUCCAGGAGAGAACAAUAGUUUCAAGUUUCAAAGAUAGCACCAAGAUAAUUCUCAAAACUAUUGUGCAAUGGGAGUGGAAGAUACAGAUAUUUGUAUCAUCAAGGAGCCAGAUCAUGUUGUAGUCUAUUCAGAUGGCAUUUCUCAUGAUUCGGGUCAUGAAGCUGGAAGUGGUCAUCACAAUAUUACAGAGUCGUAUGAACAAAUCAAUGAGACUACUGAACAUCAUAGUUCAGAGGAUAGUGCAAAGGAAUAUGAGGUGAAGGAAUGCACAACAGAAGUUUCUGUUAAGGUCUCUGAUGUCUCUAAUGUUAAAAAAUGUGAGGAUAAGUUAACCUCAGAUUCUGAGGGUGUCGUCAGUGAGAAAAGUUUUAAAUCUAACAAAACAAGGGGUAAGCAUAAGCCACGAGAUACCGGGAAGAAUGGAACAAGACCUCCUGUUACAGGCAGUGCCCAAAUCAAGCCCACAGUUCCACAACCGUUUUCCCUAGCAACUGAAAAGCGUGCUUCGGUUGCAACUCGUCCUGCUUUUGAAGAAGACAACAAGGGCAGUAACAAGAGAAAAUCUUUAAACAAAAAAAAUGUGCUAUCUUCCAAUAUGUUUAAACAGAAUCAGUUGAAAUCUCCUGUAGUUUCAAGAAAGCCAUUGCAACCUGAUAACAAGAAGCAUCCUGAUGAUGAUGAUUCUUGUUCAGUUGCUUCAAUAACUGCAGCUUCUGUGCGAUCAAUCAAGUCCAGGACAACUGUUGCUUCUGCUCCUGUGUUUCGGUCCAGUCAACGUGCAGAAAAACGGAAGGAGUUUUAUACAAAAUUAGAGGAAAAGCAGCAAGCAAUGGAAGCUGAGAAGAAUCAAAGUGAAGCUAGGACCAAGGAAGAGAUGGAGGAAGCUAUCAAGCAGCUAAGGAAGAGUCUAACUUUUAAAGCAAGCCCUAUGCCAAGCUUUUACCAUGAAGGGCCCCCUCCUAAGGUUGAAUUGAAGAAGCUACCAGCAACGCGAGCAAAAUCUCCAAAGCUGGGCCGGCGAAAGAGCAACAAUGGUGCAGUUAAUUUAUCUGAAGGGGACAAGGAGAAAGGAGCUGGAAUCAGGAGAAAGCAUCACACACUUAAGACAGACAACUAUGGUGAUAAGAGUGAUGUAAAUGGCUUAUCUGACCUCAAAAACAAGACCAAGCAUAUUGAAGAAAUUGAUGCGACCGAGGUAACUGGACAAGCAGACUUGGAGAUUGGCAGCCAGUGCAGUUUUCAGUGAGAUUAGAUUCUCAUUUUUCUAAUUUAUAUGUAUCCGGGGACUGUGGACUUGUUUCUUGCAACAAGCAUCUUCACUUUGUUUUUCCUUUUAACUUAUGAGCACUUGCUGCUGUGUGCAUUGUGUAAGUAGUGAAAAAUGUUUAUUUGUAAUUUAUUUCAAAUUAUUUGUAAAAAUUCAAUCCUGUUGCUCAUAAGAGCAAUUUGAGCAUUUGUUUGUCUGCCUGAAGUCCAGGAUCAGAUUGUUUGAAGUGACCAUUAAAUAAUGCUGUUCGAUUAACAAUAA